GAUGUCGAACGAGAGACGAGCAUUCGAUAAGGACAGCUCUGCAUGUAGUCGAUCGAAUUGGCUCAGUCCUGACACACUGGUUAACUAACUCUCUCUUCUAGUGCUCUUUUAAAUGGUACACAUGGUCACGCUGGAAAAACAACAAACAUAUGGGAUUAUCAGCAUCAAAGAAAAAGGCAUCUGCUUUGACCAAGUCUAGUUUUUCACGCGCCAAAGCAACUAAGGACAUCAAAGGGACCAUGGAUUUUAGCGGUCAACUUGGAACACUUCAUUCGCAAUACCGAAUGCAGACGGAUUCAGGAAAUGAGUCGGCUGGAUCAGAAGACGAUGACGACGUCAUCUUCCAUGUUGGUCUAGAGACUGUGAUGCGAAUACCGGCCAGAAAAUCGAUUCUUUCCAAAAGAAAUGAGGUCUUUCAAGCAAUGUUCUGCGGGCCGUACACACAAGCUCGUGAAAACCUACGACGUCGUCAAUUAUCGUCCAACGGUGACUCAACGCCGCAGCCCAAUCACUUAACGUCGACCCCAGAUCAAAUUUACGAUCCAGAUGUUGACGGAAGAGCUUUCAAGAAUCUGAUCAGUUUCCUAUACGGUGAAACCGUGGAACUUCGUUCAGUAAUGACAGCUCUCGAAACCCUACACGCGGCUGAGAAAUAUCUUUGUGAUGGAUUAAUGAAGAUUUGUGCAACAUAUUUAGUGGGCCAACUCAAUCCCCAAAACGUACUAUUCAUUUAUCAGAGGACUUCCAUGUAUCCCGGAGCUGACUACCAACAAAGCCCGUCUUCCAACGUGGACAAUAGGCCGAGUGCCCCACCGUUAGAAGACUGUAGCGCCCCUAGUGGAGAAUCUCAGCAACAAAAUGCAAAUUUACAAACGCAGUCGAGAUCGAGUUGGUGUUCGUUUUUGAUGAACAGCUGCCUCGAGUUUAUCGACAAAAAUGCAUCAGCCGUUCUUUGUUCAGAGGAAUUUGAAGAACUGGAUGCGGUUAAAGUGGAGUCUAUCGUCAGACGAGACGGACUUCAUCUCGAAAACGAAAGUGAAGUGCUCACGGCUCUGAUACGUUGGUCCGUUUUCGAAUGUCAUCGCCGCCAGUUGGAUCCCAGGCCCAAUAAUCAGAGACACGUUUUAGGUCAUCUUGUAUGGCACGUCCGCUUUUGGGUGAUGUCAGCCAACGAGUUGCAACAAGCAGCAACGAUUUUAGAAACACUUGAACCUGGAGAGCUUAUUAAAACCCUGCGAGCAUGCAGCACCAAUCAAGACAUGGUUAACAGGUUAAAAGAUCCUAGUCAUUUCCCAUUUAUUGUUACACAGCCAAGGAUAUACCUGAGUUCUAGAGCUGCUACAGCUCAUUCUGGGUCAAAGGAACUGAACAAAAAUAUGACAAGUUCAAAGACCUGUCUAACAGAGAAGCUUUUUAUUUGUCUAGCCUGUAUUUUUGAAUGAAAAAAGAAAUGUUCAAAAAUCAAAUCUUUCAGCCAAAUGUAUAAGUAUUAAUUCCUUCAAUUUUAUGGAAAGGCUAAAUUUUUUAAAAGUCAUUGUUUGAUUCUGAAUGACUGUUACGGUUAACGUUUCCACUGAUUUUCAAAAUGUUUUCCCUCUUAAAUAUGAACGAAACUAAAGUCACAAUUCCCGAGUGAAAUUUUGCAAAUGCGGAUGUCUAUACUGUUGGUACCUUUCAUUAUAUGUGAUUGCGCAUUAUAAUUAAGUUAUUAGCUAAAUUGUUUGCCAUGGAAUUUGGUUGAAAGCCUCCAUUUUUUAACAAAUCGGGAAAUAGUAAGUCAGAUGAACGAUUUCGUUUCAAUACCAAAAUGUUUUAAUUUUGUUUGUGUGUGUGUGCACGUUAUGCAAGUUUGCCGUUCUACACAGCUGUUGAUUUAAUAUUUUAAUGAUUGCCAAGCGAAUACGUUAGAUUCGUGAUUUGUUGAAACUGUUGGGUGUAAUUGCAUUUAGCGUUUACAUCCUUGCGAUCCAAAACUAUAUGCAAACUGUUAUUGGCUUAAUACCUUUUUGUAUAACCCUAAAUACACUGACUACUGCGAAAAU